UUUCUUAUAUGAUGAAAGUAUCAUGAGUGAAACUCAAUUUUCAGAUAAUUGUAAACACAUAUCAGAAAAAAGUGAAAUGCAGAAAUGUCAUCAACAUGAUCUGGGGGGCCGUCUUGACAAUUAUUCUACAGACUGUAAGUUUGAAGAUAUUCACGGUAAAUCUUCUAUGCUUGGCUCACCUGGAAUGACAAAUGUGGAUAAAUACAAUAACCAAGUCUCCAAUCACAGGGACACUCAGACCCCUACUUCACCAGGUCAAACCCCACUGCUUGUAUUAGAGCCUGAGGCUGUAUCAGAUCAAGAUGAAGAGUACACGGCUGAAAGCGUAAAAACAAAGAGUUCAAGCUCAAAUUUAACACCUGGGGCAAUUGCUGCAUUGGCUGACACAGAGGGAAAUGUCACGUUCACUCAGGGAAAGAUACACACUCAACAAUUCAGUCAUAAAAGCAUUGGUACAUGUCAGGAAAUCAAAACUGAAUCCGUGGCCUGCACAUCAAUGAUAACUUCAGCAUUUGAAAGAACAGAAGCAAGGGCAGCUGGUACUACGCCACCGACCAAAAAUGUUGAUUCUCAUAUUACCUCUAACUUCACAAGAUCAUUGGAGACAAUCAUAAUACCUGCACCUGGAGAUGACGUUCCUAAGUACAGCAAAACCUUAGAAUUGGCAUCAAAAUUAACUGUAGGACCAGAAAAGACUGAAACAUGCAUUGAAAAUAUUUACAGAGAAAAUGUCGAGAUAUAUGGUUGUAAAGCUCACGAAUAUCAAGUACAUGGUACACGUUUCUCAUCGGUAACAUCUAGGAGAAUCACAAAUCCUGAAGAUGGUAACAGAAGCAAACGGGUGAAUGAUACUGAUAAUGAUAUAGAUCGAUGCCGUGAACAUGCAACCUCGAAAGGUAUUAUAUCCGAUCCAUCCCAAUUGUCCAGGAAUGGAAACAUAGUUGCAAGCACACAGAAUCGUACAGAUGGUGUCUUAGAAACUGAUUGUGGGGUAAUCCCAAUACCCGAUGAGAGUAACAGAACAAUGCUAAAUAACAAAAGAGAAACCAAUUUUGGAUAUUUCGGCGAAAGUAAGCCCGCAUGCACAUCUGAAAAUAGUGAGGGGAACGUACCAGAGGAUGUCAACGAUAAUGUUAUUUCAGCUGAAGGCGACACUACACUUUUAAGUGACACAGUUACCUUAGAUGAACCGAGUACAGAAGAAUGGCACAGAGCCAACGAAGAAAACAUAACAGCAAAUCAUUCUUCUGAGAACACUGAAGGAUCCUUAGGUGUCGAAGAAAGUCAAACUGUCCCUUUAGUAGAUAUUAAGCCUCAAAUGAGGGUUAAUACCCAGCAUCCGCAAUUUCAAGAAAAAGUGGUGGGUUUCUUCAACGACCGUGCAAAGUUAACUUCGAGAGAAAAUGGACCCCUUGACAAAAAUGUCCCCGAUAGAUUAAGAUGCCGUUCAAGUUUUCGCCCAGAAUCCUCACGUGCUGUUGUUUUUCCAGUUAACCGUGGUGAAUUUCAUAUUGAAGCUGUCAGAUUAUCGACCUUUCGAGAUAUGCCCAUUUCGGUCCCUGUGCCUGCUACGCGCCUUGCACGCGCUGGAUUCUACUAUUCUGGAGACGGUGAUGAAGUCGUUUGCUUUAGAUGUGACGGGCGACUGAGGGAGUGGGCUCGUGGGGAUGACCCUGCUGUGCGACAUCGUAAUUUCUACCCAGAUUGUCCACUGAUGAGAGGGACUGACAAAGAAAAUGAUCCAAUUCUUCCAACAAAUGAUGCUGUUUUCAAUUGCAAUUUAGAUCCGUUCCCAAACUUAGCAAACGCCACGUCUACACCGCUUGACCAUGAUAGCAAUGCGUCCUCACUACUGUCAAGUCAACAUGCACUAUCCAGGUCACCUGGCAUCAGUUCACCAGAGGUGGCCUCCCCGCAGACCACGCCGCUGGAAAGUAGCACAGCGGCUCAUUCUGGGGUUGCCAGUGGUGUAUGCUCUAACGAGGACACAUCUGCUCUGCCAAAUACAUCUCAUCUGCCGACACGCACCCCUUCAGGGAUGAGGAACGAGUCUGACCGCCUGGCGACUUUUGUCAACUGGCCAAGUGGAGCAAGUGUCCGACCCAGAGACUUGACAAGAGCUGGCUUCUUCUAUGUGGGCACGGAGGACCGGGUACAGUGUGCCUUCUGUGAGGGGGUUUUAAGGAACUGGGAACCAAGUGACCAACCAAUGCAGGAACACCGCAGGUAUCUUUCAACCUGCCCGUUCGUCCUAGGACUGGAAGUUGGGAACAUUCCUCUAGAAGAACCAAGCACAGCUCUUCCACUUGCUGUGUCAGAAUCACAAAGACAAGCUGUGGGAGGCAGCACAACAGGAUCAGAGAACACCACAAAUGGAGCCACGCUAGGGAUACUAACAGCGAGACCCAGACACGAGAGAUACGCCAUUGAAAGCACCAGAGUUCAGACAUUUGCUAACUGGCCGCCAUCUCGUAUUCCUCGUCCUGGCGAACUCGCCAGGGCCGGAUUUUUUUACGCCGGCUUUGGUGACAACGUGAAGUGCUUCUUCUGUGACGGAGGGUUGAGGAAUUGGGAACCACAAGACGACCCUUGGACUGAGCAUGCGCGUUGGUUCCCACGUUGUGGUUUUGUUCGCCAGUGCAAGGGGGAUGCGUUUAUUCAUAUGAUAAAGGAACAGACUUCGUCAAACAACCCACCUCCCCAUGCGCAAACGCAAACACAAAGACCACAAGGUGUGCCAGGCAGUUACCAUGUAGAGGCGAGGGAGAUCAAAGCCCGCCUGGACACCCCGACAGUACAGGCGGUCUUGGAUAUGGGUUUCAGUCGAGAUACAGUGCGUCAAGCGAUCGAACAAAGGUUGCGGAAUGCAGGAGACGAUUUUCCCAGUGCAGCAAGUUUACUAGAUGCAGUUUUAAAUAUUGAGGAUGAAAUGAACCGGCAGAUGACGCAAGGUGCUGCGGCAAUGGCAGUAAUGCCCCAAGAAGAGCCUGGCCAGCAGUCACUAAACGCAGCUCUGUCUGAAGCACCACCACGUGAAACAGCCCAGAAAACAUCACAAACACAGAAUACGGAGAAACAAUCUAAAAAGGACAAGAAAAAGAAAAAGAAGAAACAAGACGUUCCGGUACCAAAAGAUAGUGAUGACAGGGAGACCAAGUCCUUGCUUGAGGAGAACCAGAGACUGAAGGAAGAGCGCACCUGUAAGAUAUGUAUGGAUGAAGAAGUUAGCGUGGUAUUUCUGCCGUGCGGCCAUCUUGUCGCAUGUGUCCAGUGCGCACCUGCUUUGAGGAAUUGUGCCAUUUGCCGAGCAGCCAUCAAGGGCACGGUUAGGUCGAUAUUAAGCUAAAGAAGAUCGUAGAUAGCGUCCUUGGGACGGUUAGGUGGGGAAAAAGCAAAGCACAAUUGGAAUAACACUUAAAAUUGCUGUUAAUCUUGAAAUAGCGAUGUCUGGAUAUAUUUCAAAUCUAAUGAAAAUUUAAGAGUCCAACAUGGCAAAGUGUCCAUUCCAUGAAUCCACCAACCGAAGUACAGAAUUGCAGUAGGCUAUACUGCAUUUCUACUGCAAAUAUGCUCCACACCACUACUGCGUUAAUGAUUCUUUGCUACUUCGAUACUCCUGCAUUUUCGUGCGGGAUGGCCGUAGGAGUUUUGAGACUGCUGCAUCAAUUUGAUGGUCCAGAUUUAUUAAUGCAACAAAUUUGUCUUUGAACGCCUCUUAUUUCUAAGCAAAAGUAUUCAUUAGCUUGUUAUUUGGAUUUUCAAACACAAGCCGCAAUAUU